AUGACUCCAAGUCAAGGGAUCGACCAACGAAUGGAGCUGCUCAGGCGCAGUGUUCCCAUCUGGCCAAUGCAACUUCGGCGGUACACCGAAAUGCUGCUACCGAUACCUCCACAUCACGAUUAUAACGUGCAGGCGAUGCAAAUCGAUCCUGCCAGCAUCAACAGGCGCGGAGAGAAAGGGGAGUGGAAAGAGUAUAUUCACCCGUCGGGAGCAACAUACUACUACAACAAGAAAACGCGAACAUACACCGAGAUGAAUAUAGGCACCUGUUCAGAGGAACAGCUUCGAAGGCUUGAGUCCUGGAUCGACGCAUCAAGAUCAAAGAUAGAUGGAAAACAAUGGCUAUUAGUUGUUGAUCCGAUAUUAGCGAGAGGGGAGGAGGUGUACCCAUAUUAUUAUGUGGCCCCGGAGAGCAAAAUUAUCACCUGGGUUGAACCGAUGGACGGUUACAUUCUAUUCCAAGAAUGCACAGCAGCAUGGCACUGGAACCACAAAAGACUCGAACUUGAAGCUCAAUACUGGAAACACGUUGAAUAUUUUCCACGCGGGAUGAAAAUGUGUGUCUCAGAAGUAAGAAACUUGCGGGUGAAGUUGAACUGGUACCGUAUAGGCGAGUUCUUUGGCUUUGCAGCGCCCACCAGAAGAUGGCUGCAGAGCUGGCCAUUGCCGAUUGAUGGCCAAAGGACAGAGACACUCGCAGAACCUAAUGGGAUGGUGGGGGAGCCAUGUGUUGCAAUCUGCGGCAAGUUAUUGCAUAUUCUUCGUCAUCACGAAUACCUCAACCACUAUGGUCGACCCGAGGCUCGCUUAAUCCGAUCUCACUCAGUGAGCAAGAGACGCAGAGAUCUGGAGGACUCUCCCCUUAUGACUGGCCUUGCGGUCACUAUGCUUUACAUUCCGAUAAUGGUGCUCAAACGCCUUAGGAGCAUCUAUGUUGAUGGUCUCAUAAAUGGGGUGGACAUGAGGGGAUUUAUUGACGAUUUCAGCGUGCAGGCUAAAUCUCAGACUACUGUGGCGAGCGUCAUCAUGGCAGUAGAUGCCAGUAUCCUUGCUAUCCCAGGCUUAGGCUCACAACUCACAACAAAGACGCUGUGCUCGAUUUCCUUUAUUCUGAGCGUGUAUUGCAUUAUCGGAUGUACCAUGGCACAACACUUUGGCCAACGAUUGAGAUCCCUCGACUUCGCGGCGUAUUACCUGCAAGGAAAGCUGUCAAGUCUUGUGAUCCUCACAAGUAUCUUUACAGCUGACUUUGGACUUCCCUUGUCUGCAAGGCUCGGAUGCGGGCUGACCUUCGUAGUGGGAGCGGGCCUAGUUAUUCCAUUGAUGAUCGCCAGCCUCGGUCCUGGGCUGAUCCGACAAUGA